GCUAACCAAGUGGACUUAAACUGACCGCGUGACUGUCCAAAAAAACCUACAAAAUCCACCAUGACAGCCCAAACAAACACGUUAACAACCGAACCCCCAAACCGAAAACCGUGCUAAUUACAAAAUAAUGUCGGGAAGUGCUAAAUUUAGUUAGUGGUAAUUUUAGGUAUUCAGUUGUAUGGUGUGAUAACUAAGCGAGUGACAGUAAACACUAAAUUAUUACGAAUUAUUGACACUUGAUUACUUCCUAUCCCGAGGGGACAGGUUAGCAGUUUUUACGAAACCCAAUUUUCUCGAAGCAAAAUCCCUACCUACGUACCGCGCUGCCCUUAAAACGUGUGAUGAAACAAUCUAAAUAUCUGCAAGCCUACGCCGAAAUUCGAAAGAUGUUUGCCAAGAAAGAGGUACAGUUUUAGAUUAUAAUUUUCUUCAAACUAUUUUAUUGUUUAUUACGAUAAUUGAAGAAAAUAUUUGGACUUGUUGAAUGUAAAACAAAGCAAUCUUGACACCUUGCCAAUAUGUUUGCAUUGAAGAAGUUCCCGUGACAGGUAAAAUUAUGAAAACCUGUUUGAAAUAUAUCAUCUCAAAUGCUUAGAGAAAACUAUGUCACAACUUUAACACUACUGCACUUUACCGUUGAUUCAGUAACAUGGCCGAACGUAGCAAUAAACGCAAAACCUUAGGCAGAAGCGCUUCCACCGAAAGCACCGAAUAUUCUUUGACGAUGGGACGUUCAGUGCGCGACAAGAAAAAGAAGCCCAAAGAAAGAUGGCUUCUAACCAGGAAAACAUGGAGGUACAUGGCGGACGCCGGUCGCAAACUCAUACCUGAUGGUGCCCAAAAUCGACCAGAAGAUAUACCCAAAAUAGAAGCCUAUUUCCAGGAAGUGUGCAAAAGAGAACCGCGAUUCCUCUUAUGGAGGAAAAAUUCGUACCCCGGUGCUUUGGCUCUUCGCAAAAAACGCAAAGAUAGGAGAAAAGGUGGCAGUUGCAGGAAAGCUUGCUCUGCAGACGACGUUGACGUUGACGUUGUUAAGUUGGAAAGACCUACAGACUUGCCUUUGAUUGCAAACUCGGGUGGUAGGGUAGAUAUCCAGAAAAUGAAGUACGAUUUUUUAAAUAAGCCGCCGUCUCCUACGAAUUACUCUCCUGUCGCUGCUAAAACUACAGAACAAGAGUUUGACGAAAAACAAUUAAUUACGAUGUUAGAACAAUAUUUGAAGGUUUCAGAACAAGCGCCAUCGACGUCUACUUACAAACCACCGGAUGUCAAUUAUCAGGAGCUCAUUGAUAGGCUGCAGCGACAUUUAACUUUGGCUAGCCGAAGUUGUGCGUCUAUUCCUACUUAUCAUAGUCAAACAACUCAUGUUCAUUUCAGUGGAGAUCAUGUCCAAAAAUCACUUUCAGAAACACUUAGUCGAUAUUUCAGUCAACAUUCUAGCAGAGAUAAAGUAAUUUCUGACUUACUUACAAACAGGAAAGCUCUAGAAAAAUUGUAUUUUGACUUGAGAAAAACAAGGGGUUUUAGAAGAACCGUGAGUAGUGCUGAAUUUUCGACCACUAUUCCUUUUACCACGACUUUGUCUAAAUAUCCUGUUCAAAAUUCUAACUACGAAAAACUAAAAGAAAGAAUACACGAAUCUGUACAUCCACCACCUUUAAUAGAAAUAGAAAAUGAGAACAUAGAGAUCACUUAUCGUGACUGGGGCAUUCAAACUACCCCAGUUCUGGAUUCCGUCUUGCAGGACGUAGAAGAUAAAUACAAGAAAUCUCUCGCCGAAAAAGAAGAAGAAGAAAAACUGGAGUUAAAACCGGCAAGUAGACGACGAAGUAGCGUCGACAAUGACGACAUCUCUCAAUCAGUUAGUGACACAAUCAAAAGAUAUUUGCGCAUGGCUAGAAAAAAAAGCGUUGAUACUGAUAAAGCCGACAGGUUCAAGCGCGUCAAUUACGAUCGAAAUUUAAGAAAUAUUAAAGCGAAGGGUGAAAUAACCAAACCGGGUGACGAUGACGGUUUAAAUAAAGGUUGUCAGACUAACGACGACUGGAUAUUGACAUACAAAGAUUUGAUUUUUGAUCAAAUUCCCGAAUUGUCCGAUGCCGAAAGUCGCGUUUCUAGUUCGCGUAGUAGUAUCGAUGCAGGCGUGGAUGAGAACAACAAAUCUUCUCCUACUUCUCCUCCUCCAGUUAAAUCUCAUUCCUUUUUGAGUCAUUUGCUUCAUGGUAAACAUGAUAAACAAGAUAAAACGAAUGCUGCAGCCGUGGCGACUGGGCAGGCCAUGCAAAAAUCCAAAUCUUCAUCCAGUGUUAUGCACCAUGGUAGUCGACUCAUGGCGAAGAAGAUUUUCCGGUCCAGAUCAAAAAGCCAGACGAGGCCGUCGCAGGCUACUUGCAGUUGGACACCUCAGGGUGGAUGCGUGUGGAGCAACCUGACGGGGCGUCAAGUUGUCUUAGGAGUUACCACUUUAUUGCAACUGACUGAUGUUGAAAGGAAAGUCUUACAGAAGGUCGCAUUAGCCAAGUUGCAAGCUCUCAAUUUAGGAGUUGCCAUUAAAGUUCCAACAGAAACCGUGGGCGCUGCAGCCAAUAAACCAAAAAGGAGGCCAUACUUGCUCAAAAGAAAAGCCCUCACCACUAGCAUUUUCGAUACGAACCGUAAGGAGGGCGACAAAGAAGGGAACAGCACAACUGGUGGUUUAGUAUUCGGAAUUCCAUUGACUCAGUGCGUUGAAAAUGACAGACUGUCAAGGGCAGCAGCAAGGACGAGUCCUUUUCGUAGCAGACCCGAACUUUCGGGAUCAGGAGAAGAACCAGCCACUAUAGGCAGACAUGGGUCAAGAUCCAGCUUUAGUUCCUUAAUUGAGGCGCCUAGAGGCGACGAGAGUGGUUCCUGCGAGAGCCUGAUGCUACGUGAAAGGCUGGUGGGAAGUGUUCCCGGCCUCCUUGACACACUUUCCUGUGGUUCAACAGCCGACCUGCCAGGAGCAACCCAAGAAGAAGAAGCUUCCGUCCCCAACAUCCUUCACGCUUGUUUUAGACAUAUCGAACAGCACGGACUACGCACGUUAGGAAUCUUUCGAGUGAGCACGUCAAAGAAACGUAUCAGACAGUUAAGGGAAGAUUUUGACUGCGGGAAAGAAACAACGUUAGACGACGAUCAAUGUCCGCACGAUGUUGCUACGCUUUUGAAAGAGUAUUUGCGAGAUCUUCCAGAUCCGCUUCUUUGUAGAGACCUUUACCAAGCGUUCGUUCAGACACAAAGAAUACGCAACAGGAGACUACAGUUUGAAGCUUUGCAACAUCUGAUACAGCUACUUCCGGCAGCUAAUAGGGACACUCUAUAUGCUCUUCUUAGCUUUCUUGCCAUGGUGGCACAGAAUGCUACAGAUGUGACGGACGAAGCAGGAGAAUGUAUAUCUGGAAACAAAAUGGAUUCCAACAACUUAGCCACAGUAUUCGCACCAAACAUCCUUCACUGUAUUAAGCCCGGAAGUUCGAGGGAGAACGCGGCGGAUCGUCCGGAAGACAGAAUUGACAUAAUUAAUGUGGUACGAACCCUUAUUGACCACUACAAACAACUUUAUUGCAUUUCGGCUGACCUUCUAGAUGAAAUUUAUGUACACAUGAUGGAUUCGCAUCCAGAAGCUCUCGAUCAGCUUUUAAAUAAAAGGGACGCUAUUUCUGGCGCUGACGAAUCAGUCGAAGAACUGGAUAGCGAAAGCUAUUCAGCCCCUUGGAGUCCAACAGCGCCUACUUCUGAGAUGUCUAUCGACAACGCCCAGACUGAAACGGAACCAAAGAAGACUAAGACAAUAAGUCGGGAGGAUUUUUUGCACGAGCGGGCGGCCACAAGCGGGCAUAAUCCUGGAAUGAGGAUGAGGCAUAGUAAAGAACAAAUUAAAAAAAAAAGUUCCAAGAAAAGAAGAGAUGAGUCGGUAGCUAGGAAAAAGAAGGACGAAGAAGCAAGUAGUAUAGGUUCGGGGAUUACCACAGCCAUGAACAUUAUCUCCCGACUAAGGGGACAAAAAGAUGACGAUUAUCAAUAUAGUAAGACCAGGUCUUCGUCCAUGGAAAGCACGAGCUCGACUCAUACCGACAGCGAUUUAACUCGGGCUUUGAGAAUAACAGAUGAUGAGCGACGAAAGUCUUCUCCUUAUGUUUUGGACAACAGUGGGGUUAUAACAGUUAGCUUAACUAUCCCAGUACAAACGGUAAAUCAGCAAUGUCCACUGAACGUGGACGACGACAUUCCUUACAUAGAGGACGUAGAUAACGGUCGACAACAACUAACUAUCGGGUUAACCAACCCGGUGACUGUUGUCAAUACAUCGCCCACAGCACCACCUAGACGAAGACAACGAUCAAUCAGCGGUAGCGAUUCAUCGAUUGGUUCAAUGGUGCAAGCGAUACCAGGAUCGAUAUCCUUGGUGCAAGGAUACGACUCGGCUGUAGGUUCUUCGGCGACUUAUUCUAGCCCUGUACAAAAUACACCACCGUCCGUUUCGAGCAGUAUCGCCGAUCAAGGUGCCUAUAGCUCGCCGCCUUCAUGGGCGUCGUCGACUCCUCCCACCUCACCCGACAGCGUGCAAACCGUCAACUAUAUUCCCGACGAACUGCAAACCCAGAAAACACCCAGGAUCCAGAAAAACUCUAGCUCGGUCAGUCUUCAGAAAGUAACAUUCUCGUCCACUCAGGAGGUGCAGCAGAUCAAGAAAACAUACCAUAAGGAACAAGACAUUCAGAAAAGCUACAGCGUAACAACUUUCGAGCAGAUCAAAUCCCCGGAUAGGGAACCAAAGCAUACGCCGAGUAUUUCCAAUAUAGGUAACGUAGUUUUAAAAUCGAGAACGGAGAACUUCGAGAAAAUCACGAAAGUGGAGGUUCAGAAACCAGCCAAGACGAGUUCGGAGAAGAAGAAGUACACUAAACGGAGGUAUACAGAUUCGAGGCAUCAGACGAGGCAUAUUCCUGAUGCGGAAGCGCUGGAUGCGGCCAGUUCGCCAAGUAAAAAGGACGAAACUACAACGGCUGCACAAACAGGGCCUGUUUAUAAAAGGAGGGAACUUAUAUCGAGUGUGCCAUCGAAGUAAAAUGUGCAGGGAGAUAUCGUUCGCGAAUGUGUUCAAAACUUUAUUUUGAAUAAAACAGUGAUAAGUGUCUAGAUCUAGUCGUAUCUAGUGUUUACUGUCCAAAUUGUUAUUUAUUUUUUAAGGAUGCAUGCAAACGAAAAGUGUGUUGAUGUAUAAAAUU